AUGCUGAAUCAAAGGCACCUGAGGGAACUGAUGAUCGACCGCGAACGAGCCAACUUCGGCCGCGGACAUGAACAACACCAGGGACCCCCAAAGCCACUCUCACCCGCCUGCACCAUCCAAAUGAUCAUCAGCGGAGGCGAUAAAACGGCGAUCAACCAUGUGAAGUUCACCACUACACACAAACUGAAGCGGUCGAUCACUCACGAACAAUACGAUGACCUCGGGGACAGUAUCAUCUUCGAUAAGUCAGAUACCGACGGUUUGACUUUCCCCCAUUACGAUGCUCUCGUUAUUACUUUACGUAUUUCAGAUACUGAUGUGAAAAGAAUAAUGUUAGACGGCGGAAGCGGCGCGUGUAUUAUCCAACCUCGAGUCCUCACACAAAUGAGACUCGAAGACAAGGUAGUACUGCGUUGCAUAACACUAACAGGUUUUAACAAUGCAGUUACGCGAACCUCUGGAGAGAUAACGCUGCCCGUUUUGUCCGGGGGUGUCACCCUAGAAACAACGUUCCACGUCAUGAACCAGGAUACAACUUACAACUCCAUCAUAGGGCAGCCAUGGAUUAACGCCAUGAGAGCCAUACCGUCAAGCCUAUAUCAAGUGAUAAAGUUUCCUACUCCAUGGGGGAUAUUCAGCAUUCGAGGCGAACAACGCACCGCCCAAGAAUGCUAUCGCAUCGCCCAAGACUGCACGUACACCCAACAGCUAAAAGGAACAGACUCAGAAGCAUAG